AUGGGCAACCAUCCGUCGUCUGAGAAGUCCGGGAGGAUUCCUCAGAAGCUCCCCAAGUCCCAGGUUGCUGGGACGGACGCAAAACCGAAUGGCGCGAACCGUUCCUCCAACUCUUAUCUGGCCGACCCACCAAGGCACCCGGAUCUAAAGUCGUCUAAACAGGCCAAGCCGAGACUGAAGGAUCAGCCAAAGCCCCAUCCCCAGGGAGGCCGAGAUGACGCGCCGGUAGACAAUGCCCGCAGGCGAAGCGGGAUUGACCAGCUCCCGGCGCUUCCUCGCCUUCAAGAUGGCGCUGUCAACCAGCAGAAGGCUGCUGGCUUGCGGAAUAACGACACGACAGAUGGGUCGAUGGCUAAUAGUAAACCUUCUCACAAAACCUACGACCGGGACACUUAUGAGAAACUGGCCGGAGGACACCGUAUACAAGGCACAUCGAGUACUCCAAUUAGUCGUACGCAAUCCGACGCUUCACUCUAUAUCCCGAUCCGCCGGAGGUCCACAACCGAGACACCAGGUGUUGCAACCCGCCUAGAGACCCCCGUCAAAGCUGCUCCGGCGAAAAAGAAGGACCCCCGAAGCAGUUUGCCACCGGCCUCUUCGUCGUCUUUCAAUUUCGAAGAAUAUGCGAACCAAAUGAAGCGAAGACUGUCGACCCCAUCACCAUUCACAGGACCGGAGAAUUCAAUUCUGGUUGAAACACCUUCUGAGAACGAGUACAAGCAACUUGGCGUGAUGAAGUUCGGCUCAUUGAGGAUCACAAACGGCACGCCGGUCUCGACUCCGGCCGGUGCUGUGAGCAAUUCAAGUACGUCAGGUGAAGAACAUGGCGAUUACUUUGAUCAACAGCAUGGAGAACCUCGUCCGGAAGCUAUGAACGCUAAGAUUGAAAGGCCAAAUGACGUCAGAAGAGAGGUGCCCGCGCAGCAUCAAGCAGCAACAACUGAAAGAGGGGGUUCCCAUGGCGAUAAGGGUGCUUCCACCGGCCUUGAGCCCCGGCGGGAUUCAGAUUUCUGGCCAAUGGUACCAGGAACAACUCGCACGGAUGAGAAAUCCGCCAGUUCCUCAAAUAACUUAGGAUCACAUGCCAAUAAGGCAAUCAAGAGUGGCCAAACUGUGACAGGGUCGAGAGUGAACCGAGCGGAUAGUGGCGUAAGCUUGAAGCACUCGCCCGUAAGACCCGAUGCACAACAUACAGAUAGCGGAUAUAGCUCCAGCCUCUCCCUCCGAUCGCUUUUUGGUUCAAAGAAAAAACGGGAAAUGGAGCAUAGAGCAGCCGAGAAGGAGAAGAUUGAGCAGACACGUACCCGGCGCGAAGAGCCACAAUCCGCUCCUUCUAUCCAACAAGUUGCUCAUGGGGUGCGAUCGAACGAAACUCCUUCGGAAAAGCCAGCACGAGGGACCGAAAAAGCGCACCACGGGAGUGUGGAAGGGCACAAUUGUGAUGCAAAUCCACAAGGAAAUACUGCUGCGGCCGUCCUUUCUUCGAAAUUCUCAGCUUCAAGAUCACGCUCUGAUUCUGCUCGUUCCGGAGAGGCACGAACACAAGCAGGCAUCGAAGAGCCGGUUCCCAGGCGUUCACAAGAGCUCUCGCGUUCGACUUCAAGAGGGAGGCUUAGGAAUGAUUCUGGAAAUGCUGUCCCGCAAGGACAUGGGAAGAGCCAUAGAGGAACCCAGCCAAACCAAGCACAUCCCGUUCCCACGACCUCACCCGCAGAGUCUCCAGCAAGGACUCGGUCUAAUUCUUCGCACUCUGGAGAGCACGGAACUUCUAAAAAGAUAGAUGAAGGAUCUGUGCUUUCAAAGCCAACCAAAUUUGAGAGACUUUUCGGUAGCAGGCGGCGAAGCUUGCCUGAUGUGCACUCUACACAACUUCUAAAAAGCCCCCCUCCUCCCAUGCCCACCGAUGCGCAGGAGAAGCUUCGAGAGCACGGAUCAAAUGUAUCAAGAAAGAGUCUUGAUCAGAAGCGUACCGCAGAGCCCGGCCAGAAGCAGUCGGGAGCGUCAAAACCCUCACAUCUUUCUCGUGCAGCUUCAAUGCUUGUUUCCAAGUCUAAGUCUAGAUCACCUGAAAAACAGCGGCUCUCGAAACAUUUCGAAGAAGACGAUGGCAUAGAUUCUGAAUCGCUCAUGGGGUUUGAGGCUCAAGUUGCAAGUCUUGCUAGUAUUCGUAUGAGCGCUGGGAAUAGCGCGUUUGACCAAGCUUUUGUUUCUCUGUCUAUUGAGUACGAGGGCUACGCCAGACAUGAGAGGAACGGGCCCUCUAAUAAUGUACUUGUUCCAAAACAUCCGAAGCAGCCACGCCUCAGGACUAGAAGGUCUGCCCCCGAAUUUCUCGAAACAGUCAGGGAGUCUGGAAGCUUCAAUGACCUGGACAGUUCCCUGGAAAGUCUGCAAAAGGCCCCGCCACCAGUGAGCCUUAAUACCAGAGGCAGCAAGAAAAAGAGGCGAUCGAAACACCAUACCAGCGCUCGUUCCCAGACUCUCGCUGGAGAAUCUGAGCCGGUGCCACCACUACCCCCGGCUCCGUCGAAGCGCCAAGCGGGCGAUACGUUUGACCCCCAUCGCCAAUACCUAAGCCACUCCCUACGUACUAUCCCUAUUGCAUCUGCGGAGCACCACAGACGUGAAGAGAGUCCCCAAGAAGCCCGAGAAAGGUCUGCCCCAAGGCACAAGUCGAUGCCACCUCACGGCUUCAGCCGUUCUGGUCGAUCGCGACCUUACUUCCCCAAGUCUGGCAUUGAUGGGCCAUCUCACACUUAUAGCCAGUGCGCAUCCGACUCGAGCUUGAGCGACAGUUCUCCGGGUCAGCCGGGAGACAGUAGGCCAGAUGCUCCUCCAUACCGAGUUCUGCAUAGCUAUAACUCACCAUCUUAUCGAGGCGUUCCAAUCUGGAGUUCUUAG